AUGUUUGGACACCGCACGCCUAUGCGGAAAAAUGACCAGGGUCAGGCACCCAGAACCCCACCCGAAAUAUCUCCGACACAAGUUCCAAACGUUAGAAAGAGCGUAGGCGAAUGGGAGUCGGGAAAGAAGGACAUCUCCGAACGCUCUCCUUUGAAAAGCGCCCCCGAAACUUCGAAAACAAAACGGGCAAUAGUUUUGUCGCUGGACCACAAGACGUACACCCGCAAAACAUCAGCGGAAGCCACAAGCCCAUCAACAACAGCUAGCUACAAAGACAAAACAACAGAGGCUAGGGCAAACUUGCAAAAGGCCAAAUUGCACCUAAAUAGCGCGCGCAACCUAAAAACGGAAAUAAAAGAAGCGGUAUUACAGGCCGUGGAGCGCCUGUACCAAAUAGUCAAGGAGUCAGAAGCUGACGCAAAGGCCAAGACAAAGGAGACCGGAAAGAGAAAAGAGAACGAUGCCACAAAGAGUGGUGAAGCCCAACCAGCAUGCAAAGACGGAAGCCUAUUAAUAACACGGCUUGAGGAGCACUCCAAGUUACUCCUGGAAAAUAACCAAAGGAUGGAAGAACUUAAAGCCACAAUGGAGAAGAACAACGAGGAAAGAGCGACCUACUCAACCGUGGCCGCAAGCAAGCCACUUCACCCACACGCCGAAAGAGUAGCAUUGCACUCCAUUGUGGUCUCAUCUGAGGACGAUACAGAAAGCGGAGAGCAAGUGCUUGACAAAGUACGGGAGGCAGUAGAUGCCAAGGAAGGCUGGGUUAGGGUAGAGAGGGUCCGGAAGGCCAAGGACCGCAAAAUUAUAAUGAGCUGCCGAACAAAAGACGAAAGGGCCCAAAUCAAGGAAAGAUUAGAAAAAUCAGGAAAGCGCCUCGUGUGCGAGGAGGUCCAAAACAAGGACCCUCUCCUGAUCCUCAAAGAUGUCUUAAAUAAGAACAACGACGAGGACAUUGAAAAGGCUCUCAAAAAUCAAAAUCGGCACGUUUUCAGCGGCCUCGAACCAAAGGACCUUAGAAUGACCGUAAAGUAUAGAAGGAAGGCUCGAAACCCACUAACAGGCCAUAUCGUGCUGAGCGUGUCCCCUGCACUAUGGAAAAGAGCGAUAGAAGCCGGCGCACUGCACAUAGACCUGCAGCGCAUCAAAGUGGAAGACCAAUCGCCGCUAGUUCAGUGUACAAGGUGCCUGGGAUACGGCCACGGGAAACGGUACUGCAAAGAGGCAGUGGACCUAUGCAGUCAUUGCGGAGGCCCUCACCUUCGAGCGGACUGCAACCUGCUGGCAAUCUCCCCUUCCUGCAGAAACUGUACACUAGCAAAGCAAGAGCAUACUGAGCAUAACGCUUUCAGCCAGACAUGCCCGAAAAAGAAACUCGCAACCGACGAGCUUAUGAUCGAGGCAGGGAAGCGAGGUAUAGCUCUGGCACUCAUCCAAGAACCGUAUGUGGGCGCAACUGCAAGAAUGAAGGAUUACCGGGGAGCAAGGAUUUUUCAGAACACCGGCGAAGGUACAGUCAAGGCGGCAAUUGUUGUGUUUGACAACAAUAUUGACAUAAUCCAAUACCCUGAACUCACCACAAACAACAUCAUAGUGGUGGGUGCCCGAACCGGCGCCUGGAGGAUCACCCUGGUAUCUUUCUACCUUGAUAAGGACCAGCCUAUAGGACCAGAUCUUGAACAUCUCAGGAGAGUUGGAGAGAUGACAGACUACAAAUGGCUUGUCAUAGGGGGGGAUGCUAAUGCCAAAAACACCUGGUGGGGAGCUCAAAAGACCGACAAGAGAGGAGAGGAAAUGUUAGGAGUCCUUGACUCCAUGGAAAUGCAGAUACUCAACUAUGGAGUGAUACCGACUUUCGACACAAUAAGAGGCGGGAAGCGCUACAGCAGCCACGUCGACAUCACAGCUUGCACGACGGACCUAUUGGACAGGGUGGACGACUGGAGAGUUGACGAAGGUUUGACAAGCUCGGACCACAAUGGUAUUGCAUUCAACAUAAAUAUACAAAAAUCUAAAGGCAUAAGCAUCUCCAGAACCACGAGACAAUAUAAUACGAGAAAGGCAAAUUGGACUGAGUUUCAUGUGAAACUCAGCCAAUUAAAACAAGAACAACAAGUAACACUGGAGAUGCUGUGCAACAUAAACGAGACAAAACAAUUAGAAAAAUUUAUAACAAAAUUUACAAAUAUAGUGACCACAACAUGCCUACACUCAAUACCGAAAAAGAAAAAUAGCCAAAAGCUUACCAUACCAUGGUGGUCCGAUCAUCUUGAACAGUUGAAGAGGGAAGUCGUCACCCGAAAAAAUAGAAUCAAGCGCGCUGCACCAAUCCGCCGGGCGAGAGUAGUCGACGAGUAUCUGCAGAAAAAAGAGGAGUAUGAGAAGGAAGCUGUGAGAGCUCAAAUAAAAGGAUGGAAGGAGUUCUGCGAAAGACAGGACGGGGAGAGCGUGUGGGACGGUGUCUACCGGGUUAUCGGUAGAACCAAAAAGAGAGAAGAAGACCUUCCACUCGAGAGAAAUGGGCAAAUACUGGACGCAAAAGGCUCAGUGCGGAUUUUGGCGGAGACUUUCUACCCAAACGAUAACAGGCAGGACGACAAUGCUGAACAUAGCAAAAUUAGGGCAACGGCGGAGGAAAUAAAUAUGAAAGAGGACAUCAUAGAUACACCGUUCACAAAAACGGAACUAACUAUGGCAACCAAAUCAUUCAACCCCAAAAAAGCCCCCGGCUCGGAUGGGUUUACCGCUGACAUUUGCGCCAAAGUAAUUGAAAACGACCCCGACCUGUUUUUGAAAAUAGUAAAUAAGUGCUUGGAGCUCACGUAUUUCCCAAACAUAUGGAAAGAGGCGACAGUAGUGGUACUGAAAAAACCAGGAAAAGACAAUUAUAGGACCCCCAAAUCAUACAGACCAAUAGGAUUACUACCAGUCUUCGGUAAGAUCUUUGAGAAGAUGCUGAUGACACGAAUUAAAUACCACCUAAUUCCGAGGAUGAGUACUCGCCAGUACGGAUUCAUGCCCCAGAGAAGCACGGAAGACGCCCUCUAUGCCCUAAUGCAGUACAUACGCACCAACCUUAACCAGAAGAAGGUAAUCACAAUGGUAUCUCUGGACAUAGAGGGAGCGUUUGAUAGUGCAUGGUGGCCAGCAAUAAGAGUCCGACUGGCUGAGGACAAGUGUCCGAGUAACUUAAGGAAAGUCAUCGACAGCUACCUAAAAGAUAGGAAGGUGAACGUAAGGUACGCUGGAGAGCAAUUCUCAAGGAAGACCGAUAAAGGCUGCGUGCAGGGAUCGAUUGGGGGUCCAAUACUAUGGAACCUGCUGCUCGACCCACUACUAAGAGAGCUCGAAGCUAAAGGGGAAAUGUGUCAGGCCUUCGCGGAUGACGUCGUUCUGUGCUUCGACGGGGACACUGCGCAGGAAAUAGAAACACGCGCCAAUGCUGUUCUCGAACGUGUGCGGGAGUGGGGUGUCGCAAAUAAGCUAAAAUUUGCACCACAAAAGACCAAUGCAAUGGUGAUCACUAGAAAGCUAAAAUGCGACACCCCACGCCUGAGCAUGGGCGGGACAAACGUUGGCGUAACAAACGAAAUCAAACUCUUGGGAGUCACUAUUGACAACCAGCUUACGUUCAACACCCACGUCAAAAAUAUGUGCACUAAAGCAGUGGCUGCAUACAAGCAACUAACACGAGCGGCAAAGAUAAGUUGGGGCCUACACCCUGAGGUUGUACGCAUCAUUUACACCGCCACGAUCGAACCAAUACUUUUGUAUGCAGCCAGUGUUUGGGCACCAGCCGUCACAAAGGUUUGCGUCAAAAGAAAGCUCGAUGCCAUGCAACGCGGAUUCGCACAGAAAAUCUGUAAGGCCUAUCGCACAGUGUCUCUCAACUCGGCCCUGCUGUUGUCUGGGAUACUUCCUCUGGACCUCCGAGUCCGUGAGGCGGCAUCGCUUUACGAAGCCAGGAACGGAGUGCCCCAGCCAGCACUGGCCGAUUGGGAGGUCGAGCGAAGGACCCCGGUAACUGAGGCGGAUCACCCAGCCGAGCGCCUGAGCCUCGAGUUCCAUACCCUGGUAGACCAGGAACAAGUAGACGCCAACAGCCAUUACGACAUACGCAUUUUCACCGACGGCAGCAAGAUCGGCGGCCGGGUUGGUGCCUCGCUAUCCCUGUGGAAUAGUAAGAACGAAAUCACGGCCGUCAAACUUAGCUUGCCGUCCUUCUGCACCGUCUACCAGGCGGAGCUCUUGGCUCUGUGCGAGGCAAGUCGGGUUUUAACAAAACGUACGGAGCGAAAAUACGCAAUUUACUGUGACUCCAGGGCCGCAAUUCAAACCGUCACAGGACCUGAGAGCCUACACCCUCUAGCCGUGCAAACACGAAAUAACAUCAAAACUUUAUACCAGCAAAACAAAACUGUCACUUUAUACUGGAUAAAGGCACAUGCAGGGCUAGAGGGCAAUGAGCGCGCCGACGAGCUGGCAAAAGAGGCCGCGUUAAAAUCCAAAAAACGUUACAACUACGACCAGUGCCCCGUUUCAUUCGUCAAGCGAAGCAUCCGCUUGCGCUCGCUUGACGAAUGGAACAGCAGGUACAAAAACAGCAACACAGCCAGCAUAACGAAAAUAUUCUUCCCAGACGCCAUAGCGGCCCAUAAAAUUGUCAGAAAAAUAGAGAUGACCGGAGUAAUGACACAAACAAUGACGGGACACGGUGGGUUCUCUGAGUACUUGAAACGAUUCAAGUGCAAGGAGAACUCAUCGUGCAUCUGUGAGCCUGACAAAGUGGAAACCGUACCCCACAUACUUCUGGACUGUCCAGUUUUUGCACCAGAAAGAUUUAAUAUAGAACAAGAAAUAGAAUGUAAGAUAACAACAGAUAGCAUAGGUAAUAUAAUGAUAGGUAAGAAUAGGGACAUCUUCUUGAGAUACUGUAACCAAAUAGUAAAUAAGACGAAAGGUUAUGUGAGACUCCUACUCACUAAAACCCCGCGGCACCCGUCUCUGCACCAUGUGCUGGGUCUUGGGGGCGCCGAAGCAUUCUUCCAAAACCCAGCGGUGCCUACCCGUUUCCGGGCUCACCUCGCUAAGAGGGAAGGAGAGGAGCUAUUCCUUCCUUCAUAG